CAAGUCCAAGGUUUCCUCUCCCCCCUCGCCGCGUACAGGUGGUGGGGUACCUGCCUUUCGUCUUCCUCACCUGAGGGAGCCGAGCCCCGAUCUGACCCAACCCAAUGGGGCUCUAGCUGCUGCCGUGCCCUAACUCUCUCCCCUCCGCGGUGCCUUACCACCUCACGCGCGUCGCCGCCGUCGCUCUUCCCUCAAUCUCAUCCCCCGUCCACAAUUUUGGCCAUUGGUUUCUGAGGGGAUUUCUUGAUCUUGGGCAAUUAAGCGAGACGCGAAGGAUUGGAGAUCUUUCCGCUUCUUGGCCAUGGCAGCGCCUCCAACGGUGGAUAGUAACGGCAAUGACGCCGAUGUCAAGGCUCGCGACGGGGUUGUUCGAUCUGAAACCAUGGGUGGUAUCAAUUGUGGAGAUAACAUUCUUCACUCCACCGUGCCGGUGCCUGUCGAUGGUGAUCCAAUGGAGACGAAUGGGUCUUUAGGUAACACCGAGGCCGAUGAUAUUCAGUUUCCUGCAGACGGGCAUGGGGACAGCACGGAGUCUUCGAGCUCGUUUGGGCCCUCUUGCUCCAUAUCUGGUGAUGAGGCCAUGUCAGAUUUCAACGGAAUUGAAGUGGACUCACCUCUUCUCGGUCAUAUCAAUGUGGACGACACCAUUUCUGUUCCAAAGAUUGUCAGACAGAAACAAGUGACAACUAAGUGGAGAGAGACUGUUGGCUCAAUAAGGUGGCGAUGUCAAUGGUUAGAGUUGCGUAUGAAGGAACUUUUAUCGCAAGUAGCAAAGUAUGACAAGGAACUUGAUUUAAUCAAUCAUGAAAAAGAUCUGCAGUUGGAGAUGAUUAAAGCAGAUAAUUCUAAUCCAGAAUUGGCAGAAGUGAAUGUCCAAAGUCAUGAUACAAAUACCAUGAGGAGGAGAAAAAGGAAAAGACAUGAAGACAAUAUGGACACCUCGUUGUACAUGAAGAAUCACCAGAUCUUAUCCUAUUAUCAUGAAAACAAAAACAGUGGAGCUGAAACAGAUGGUGUGUUGAUUAAUGAUGCUUUUGACAGUAUAGUUGCUGCAGAUACCAAUACAUUACUGCAGGCCAAGGAAACUGACAGGGUCUUUGAGCAAUAUUCUUUAAGAGAAAUUCUUCUGAGAAUGGAUGGUAUCCAGUCUCAAAUCCUUAGGCUUCAAGACCAUCUCAGCAAAGUUCGCAACAAACAUGAAGAGUUGUCAUCUGAUGUAGACCACACACGAGUUAAGGUGCGUCAAAAGAGUCAAAAGGCUCGAAUCAAGAUAGCCUCUCGUAAGAAGGAUGGGACUCGUCCUCAGAAAAAGAAGGACCUGCAUAGUUUGGUUCAGAAGGAGGACAAAUGUAAACCACUUGCUGGAAUGCCAUCUGCUCUAUCAGAUAGGUCAGCUGAUUAUGCAAUGGGAUAUGCCAAGAGAAAUAUUGCAGAAGAAGGCGCGACCCAACCGGAUGCAAAGGAAGUCACGGUUCAGAUGCUCUUUUCUGCAGAUAAUCCCCUAAUUCGUGCCCACAUAGGAGAGUUAUACAAAGAAAACGUUGAUGAUGUCCUUAUAGAUAAUCGAGCAGCCCAGGAAGAAGGGUACCAACAGCUUGUGGAAGUUAAGCAGGCCGCAAAGAAUCGUGUGGAUGGAAAGGACCAAAUGGAAAAGUCUCCUAACGUACAUGCAAAGAAUAAAACUGAGAAAGACAUGCACAAUUUGCAUAAUGAAAAGCCUGUUUUCGUAGCUGCGGACACCCGAAGGAGCCAACGAGUUCGGAAACUCAAAAAGUAUGAUAGCGACUGAGUUCCAGCUCCAGCCGUCAGUGUAUUGGUGGAUUCAUUUUCUCUGCCUUCCUGCUUGUGUUUAAAGGAGUCAGCAAACUAAGAUGCAUGUUCAUCAACUAAAUAUCAUUAUAUCUUACAAACUAUACAUGUUGGUCCACCAAAGUAGUGGCAUAUUGUUUCGUUGAAAUGACUAUCAAGUACAGCUGUGACAUGUGGCAGCGGUAUUCCAUAUAGGCUUGUUCGGUA